CGGCGGGGCUGGGGCGGGGCUCCGCGAGCAGCUGCGGCGGCGGCUGACUCCGAGCGGAGGGGGACCCCGGAGUGGUGCUGUCGCGAGCGUGUCGGAGUGAAGCCCCCCCGCCCCCCAGCCCAGCCAUGGCGUACGGCGGCCUCACCGUGCCCAUCAUCGUCAUGAGCGUUUUCUGGGGGGUAGUCGGCGGCAUCCUGCCUUGGCUCGUGCCCAAGGGGCCUAACCGCGGUGUUAUCAACACAAUGCUGGUGACCUGUGCCGUUUGCUGUUACCUCUUUUGGCUGAUUGCGAUCCUGGCCCAGCUCAACCCUCUCUUUGGUCCACAGUUAAGCAAUGAAACAAUCUGGUAUCUUCAGUAUCAGUGGCCUUAAGGAUGUCUGUCCUCUGUGCUGCCUUUUUUGUGGAUGAGUGUACUGAUGAGUCACACAACUUUCAGUGGGCUUCUGCUUGGCAAGUUCUGGAGCAAGACUGCAACUGAAAGAACUUGGAUGUGCAUCCCUUGGAGAUUCUGUGUACACACUACGAAAUUCCAGGGCACCUGCCAGAGUUCUCAUCAGGCCCACUUAUAAAACUGCACAACUUCCCAGGUGGUAGCUUCUAAUAUGACAAAUUAAACAUGAUAAAUGUACUAACACCACAGAUUAUGCUGAUUUUGGGAUAGAUCUUUGCAGAGAGAACUUUCAAACACCCAAGCAGAUGAAUUCUGUCCAUACUCUCUAGUUACUUGGCCACAACUGUUUCUUUACAGCAUAACAUCUUCCUAGAAAGCAAACAGCUGUGGUUAAUUCACUGAGCAGCUCUUCAGCUAGAAAAUUGCCUCUAUGAAAGAGAGUGACUGAAUUGCCUUUUGCUUUGCAGGUAAAGAAGAUACUUCCUCUAGAUGUAAAAGCUACAUUGAUCCAAAGAUGCUCUUGACAUAGCUGGUUGGAUACCAAACCUGCUUAAUGCCUUAAUGUUUGUAUUGUGUUUAAAAUGGCUUGUUCAAAGCCCUAUAUUUUUCUCCUGGUUUCCUUUUAUGCUGUUUAACAAUGUGCCUAAUACAUAAGAUUUAUACCUUCUUUUCUGUCCUAUAAACUUCUUGUUUUGAUUACACUUGAAAUUUAAGUUCUGAUUUUUUUUUCUGGGAUAUGUGAGUUUGAGGGCAGCCUUCUUCCUUGUCCUGUGUUGCUCAUUCUCCAUGAGCUUUAUGAAACUUCCACACAUUAGGCUGC